AUGGCCAAGGAAUCUCAUUUUAUGGACCACAGACAUGGCUCUAGAGGGGCCGCUGCAGCCUCUACUUCAGGAUCAUCUGAGAAAUACAAGGACUAUGCUGCCAUUGUCAUAGAUACUGGCACUGGCUUUACCAAGAGUGGCCUUGCAGGAGAUGAAAAGCCAAGAUCCAUUGUGCCAAGUAUAGUGGGGGUUCCCAGGUACAAAACAAAGGAAAGUCCUUUGUACUACAUUGGGAGGAGCAUCCCACAACAACGUUCAGAGGUAAGCACACAUGUGGUGAUGACACACGGCGUGGUAACAGAUUGGGAUGCCUUAGAAAUGCUGUGGCACCAUGUUUUCUACACAGAGCUCAGCGUGUGCCCUGAAGAGCUAGCAGUGCUAGUCACAGAUGCCCCCUUGAGCCCAACCACUAACCGUGAAAAAAUGGCUGAAUUGCUCUUUGAGAACUUUGAAGUGCCAGCCAUGGUGGUUGCCCAUCAGUCUCUUUUGUCUGUGUAUUCCUAUGGGCGCACAGGUGGGCUUGUGAUUGGGUCUGGCUAUGGGACAUCCUAUACCGCUCCUGUUGAUGAUGGAUACAUCAUACCUCAUGCCACCUACCGGCUGGACAUAGCAGGAAAAGCCCUGACAGACUACCUGGCCAAACUGAUGGGGGAAUCUGGAAACCCUUUUCACAAAGACGAAAUGGAUGUAGUGUGUCAGAUCAAAGAGAAGUGCUGUUAUAUCCCAGAGGACUAUGAGUCUGAACUGAACGCAGAUGAGAAGAAAUAUCUCAUGGACUACACUCUUCCUGACAAGCAGGUCAUUUCCAUUGGCAGUGAACGCUUUCGUUGCCCUGAAGUCCUUUUCAAUCCUACUAUGCUGGGCUUCCCAGAGGUGGGGCUUCAUAUCCAGGCCAUAAACGGUGUCAGAAAAUGUAAAGCAGAGAGGCAGGCAGAUCUGAUUUCCAAUGUUCUGCUGGCUGGUGGCACCACCAUGCUCCGUGGCUUCUCUGACCGAAUUAAAAGGGAACUGCAGAAACUAGAGCCAGCAAGGCAGGUGGGCAUCUUGGCUUCGCCCAACCGCACCUUCUCUGCCUGGCUGGGGGGUUCCAUUGUGGCCUCACUCAACGCUUUCCAGAAUGUGUGGAUCAGCCGGCAAACCUACAUUGAGAAGGGGCCAUUUGUUGUCCACCGGCAUUGCUUCUAA